AGGAUAUGGAGAUAUGAUGAGACUUUGAACGUGAGCCAAUCAUCCUGUCUAUCAUCCACGUAAAAUAGCAGACGAAUUACAAAACAACUCCCACAUCAGAGAGCAAAGCAGAAGCAAUGGCGCUGAGAUUGUGGGCGUCUUCAACUGCCAAUGCACUAAGAAUUUCCUGUGGCACCAACUCCACUGCCUUUUAUCUCUCUAGAAGUUUCUCAUCUGUUUUAGAUGGGUUGAAAUACUCUGAAUCACAUGAGUGGGUAAAGCAUGAAGGACCGGUUGCUACAAUCGGCAUAACUGAUCAUGCUCAGGACCAUCUUGGAGAGGUUGUGUUUGUGGACCUUCCGGAAACCGGCGUCUCUGUGUCAAAAGGGGGUGGCUUUGGAGCAGUUGAGAGUGUGAAAGCAACGAGUGAUGUGAAUUCACCCAUUUCGGGAGAAGUUGUUGAGGUCAACACAAAGCUAAGUGGAGCUCCUGGUUUGAUCAACUCGAGCCCGUAUGAAGAGGGAUGGAUGAUAAAAGUGAAGCCAAGCAACCCAUCAGAGCUCGAGUCUUUGAUGGGCUCUAAAGAGUACACAAAGUUCUGUGAGGACGAGAAUGCCGCUCACUAAGGAAUACUCGAGGUUCUGAAUUCAUGUAUAUGGAUACUAGCAGUCGACUUUUCUUUUGGUUGUCAUGUUUGUGUCAUGUUUGUCAAUAACCGGUCAAGUGUGAUACCGACUCUCUCCCUCCAUGUUCAAAAUUUGUUAUCAAAGGUCAAUAUAAUCGUAUCUGGGUUGCAUAUCUCAGCAUUUGCAUUAUCUUGUACCUCAUUAAUUCCGAAGCUCAUGAAUGUAUACAUUUUCUACAAAACGAUUACAUUGUAUGCUUAAAUUUUUGAAUUUCACAUGGGGCCACCAGAUA